UUCCUACAGGAUCUACACAGAUGAUGCAAAUAUAAAUAGCAUUGAUAUUAAAAUCACAACCCUCACAUCCACUAAUCUCACAAUAUUCACCGGCCCUCGUACCACAAACUCUUACUCCCUAAAAUCCAACCUCCAAGAACCCGAUCAAAAAACAGUCUCCUUCAGCCCUUCCACUGACCUGUACAUUACUAUUGAACCUACAAGCAGUCAGAACGAGUUCUCCCUGACUCUUAAGCCAAAUGGGGAGCCUGAAACGUAACUUGAGGUUUUCAGUAUAGGUUAUCAACGACAGUGAGGAUUAUUAUAGGGAUUUCGGUUGCUCUGCUGGUUAGUGGAGGGAUUGGACUGGUGAUCUUUUGUUGAUGGAAUUCUAAGAAUAGAGGAAUGAUUAUUAAGAACCAUGCGGUUGCCGACGACCACAUCCGAUCUGCUGACCAAACUCCCCAUCCUGCACCUGCCCAACCUCACCACACCACCUCCUCCCACCUAGCCCAACCAGACCCAGUCUACACUCAACCAGACCCUCCAGCUGCCCCUGCACAGUACGCUGAUCCUUCCUUAGCCCCAGUGUAAGCUUAAGCUUGACUUGUAGGAAUGCUUACACAGUAGGCCACCCAGGAGGGUUACCUCCGGUAAGACCUCCAGUGGGAGCUGGGCCAUAUGGGUAUCAGAACCAGAUGGUGGUUUAGAGGGAGAUUUUAAGUUUGGGAUAGUUCAGUUUG